CUACAUGGCACAUGGUGGGUGACCGUGGGUCCUGAGGAUCGGGGAGAGAGGCAUUGGCAACAGUGUAGUUGAACCCAAACACGAUCCCCGCGCCUCCCGCCUCCCGCCAGCCGUCCCCACGCUGAUUUAUUUUCGUUUGUUUGGUUGAAAGAUUUCAGGUGAGCUGGACUCCACAAUGUCUCGUGGCCGUGAGCGGGAACGCCGGCGCUCACACAGCCACAGUCGUAGUAGAAGUCGCAGCAGAGGUCGGAACUUCUCACCAGGACGAAGAGGAAUUUCUGAUGUUACCUCUGACCCCAAGACAGUUAAUGCACGGAUAUUUGUUGGCAGUAUCAAUGUGUCCAUGACAAGAGAAAUGCUGCAAGACCAUUUUUCUCAGUAUGGGCGUGUUGUAGGAGUCUCAAUAACUAGACACAAGUUUGGCUUUGUGCAAUUUGAAGAGGAGGAGGAAGCAGCAGCUUGUCUAAGGGCGGGUAGCACAGCAUACAUCUCAGGAAAAAGAGUUGAUGUGAAGCCUGCAAAGAUUAGUGGUGGUAUGGGUGUGGGUAUGCCACCUGUUGGUGGCUCCCGGCGCAGCCGCUACAGUGACAGCAGGGAGAGGUCUCCAUCAGGAAGGGGAGAUGAGGACUAUUAUAAUGAUUAUUAUGGUGGUGGUGGUGGAGGCAGAGGCCGGGAACGAGACCGUGACAGAGGAGGGCGGGGUCGAGGUCAUUAUGAGGACAUGUAUGACAACUACUACCGUGGGUACUACCAGCGUUAUGAUGACUCUUAUCAGCGACCCCCUGCCCCUGAGAUGGAAACAACCCCUCGUCAUGCCCCACCCCGAGACUACCCAAGCUACAAUGAGCCCAUGGACCCUUUGGAUCCCAAUAGACCCAAUGAUGUGGAAAUUGUGGUUCCAAAUAAGAUGCAAAGAGAUUAUGCAGAAAGUAUUGAGGCACAGCUGAAGUCCUUCAACAUGAUGGUGGAUCUGCUGUUCCCUCCACCAGACAUCCUCCCAUCACAGGUGCUGACUGACCUCAGUCAGCGCAGGUGUCUCUAUGCCAUCUUCGUCACAGCUGAAAAUGAGAGCCAUCACUCCCUCACCCUCAACAUUCUCCACGGCAGUCCACAAGAACACCGCAACAUGCCGGUUGAUGACGCUUUGCGUUUAAUUGAACAAAAUUUUGAGGAAUACGUCAAGAAAGCCCGUCAACGGAAUAUUCGUGAGGUUGUGCCCCGAGAUAUUCGCAAUUUGCUCCUUGAUUUGCUUGAGAUGCGUCCCCUCUCCAUGGGUGACCUGGACAAGUUGAUCAAGUACCUGAAGGAGCGACAAAGCAUGCUGGUGGAUGACCAAAUUGAGCAGAAGCGAGAAACUGCAGCAGGAGCCAGUGCCAGCCGACCCAUGACAGUUACUUACCCUGGGUAUAAUUAUGGUUCCAACAAUGUGGUGGGGUCUGAUACCCCUGUAAGCCAGAGCACUACAGUAGCCACUGCUGCUCCAGGUACUGUUAGUGUGGUUCCUCAACCAUCAGCAGCAGCAGCAGCAGCUGCUGCUGCUGCUGCUGCUGCUGCUGUUUCAGGUAGUGCAUAUCCUACUUAUGGGAGUGUGCCAGGUUUAACGAGUGGGGUAUACAGUGCAUAUGGAGUGGGUGCCCCAGUGCCAGCCACUCCAGUUGCUGCUCCUAUGAUCACUGCCGGGUCCAUUGGUAGCACAGGAAAUAAGCAGGCUGAGCUACAAGAAAGAAUACUUAAUUUGAUGAAGGGUCCUGCUGGUGGAGGAGUACCAACUGGUGUUCCACCUCCAUCAGGUGUGCCUGCCCCCACAGGCGUACCACCUCCCUCAGGGGUGCCACCACCAAGUAUGGUGCCACCUGUUUGGCCACCUGGUAUGCCAGGCCAUUCAAAUAAGGCCACAUCUUCUCCAGCAGUAAAAGUAUCUCAGUCAGGUGCUCCUGGACAAAGCACACUUUUUGCUGCUUACACCCCAUGGAAUCAGUGAGUUGAAAUAAAUAAAUUUGGCUUUUGAUAGAAUUUGAUAUUUUUUUCAGAUUCCACCCAAAAUGUACAAUUUUUUAGGUGAAGUGAAAAUUGUAGAUUUAAAAGCCCCUCAAAUUGUUGCAGUCUAAGAUUUCAUAGUAUUGCACGUGCAAUCAUGACACAUCUACCCUGUUUAUUAAUAGGAAGGCUCAGUAAUUUCAGAAGUAAGUGAAAAGAGAGUUUAUAUGAGCCUGUCUUGAAUAUUAUGAUCAUUAUUUUUAUAAGUUGUCAGAAUAUUCUCCAGUGUGGUCCCAAGAAUCUUUCCUUUAUUAUGAAAAAAAAAAACUAGUUUUCCAUGCUUGUGUAGUAUAUUUAAUAACAAAAUUUUGUCAGAGAUAUAACAAGUGGUAGCAGCAGAGUCUUGUUCUGUAUUUUUUUCUCCAAUAGAUUUUUGUUGACAAUUUAGUCAUCCAAUGAAGUUAAAACUUCUUAUUUAAUUGCUCUAGCAAGAAUUUUGAUUAUAAGACUGUGUUAUUGAAACAUUCAUUGUUGUGGAAAUAUUUUCUACUGUAUGAUUUUUAAGAUAAAAAUUGACAUUUUUGUAAUAUUUAGACAAACAUUUAUUUGAUAAGAUAAUAUACUCAAAAUAAUUUAAAAUUGUGUGUUGAAAGUUUCAGUUAAGUAAUUUACUUAUAUAUGACAUUGCCUUUCUACUAUUUGUUGAAUAUGAGAUGGCUAAAUUUCAACAAGUAGAAAUAUAUUAAUGAUUAUAUUUCUUGGGCAUCAUAUUAUUUAAUACAAGUAAUACAUGGGAAGUGAUGUUUAUAGAAAUCUUAUGGGAAGGAUGUGAAAAGCAAGGUUGGCAUUCUGCUUAUUACUUGACCGUACGUAAGAUAUAUAUAUAUAUAUAUAUAUAUAUAUAUAUAUAUAUAUAUAUAUAUAUAUAUAUAUAUAUAUAUAUAUAUAUAUAUAAUUUAUUUAUAUUUAUAUAUUUUUUUUUUAAGCAAUCAAUUUUGUUUUCAAUUUGAUAUUUAUUUAUACACAAUUUCUUUUUAUUUCAAGAUUUAUUUACACUCCUUUGCAGUGCCAUGUUACUAAAUUCGACGGACAUUUCGUUUAAUACAAUUUUAGUUAUGAACCACCUGACAGGAUAUCAACAAACGGUAACUAUUUGAAUUUUUUAGGCAUUCACCGAAGACAAAGUUUCCUAUAAUGCGUGUUUUAUUUCUGCAGCCAGUCAUGGAAUGGAGUGCUGCAAUUUUAAUAAAAAAUUUCUUGAAAUUUUGCUGCUUGAAGCAAUUUUCUGGAACUCCGCAACAGACCAUUUAACCAAGAAUUUACCCUGCUGCGCCACUGACCUCAGAUGUUAUAAGCUUUCAGUGGAUGUUUCGUGCCAUGAAGUUAUGGAAUUGCGUUGAAGACUGCUAUUUUAUGUCCUGAGAGGCAUUCUACAGGACGAACAGGAGAAAGUAAUACCUUUUGUGUUACUUUUUCACUCGUGUGAACUUUUCGUGGACUCGGAGCACUAGUUACAUACUCAAGGAUGCGGUUAACCCAGUGCUUCUUCAUUGGGUAUUUGUAGAUGGGAUUUUAUAAUUGAACCAUUACUUGUUUCAUCGUCCGUCACGUGUUAGUUGGAGCAAUUGUCUUGUUUGUAUUCCGAUAUGCUAAAGUCAUAAGGAAAUUCUUAAGUCUUUGUCACAUGUAUACAUAUACAUUCAUUUUCACUCAACCCUCACUGAAUAAGACCUAUUUAUUCAUAUAAUCUGCAGCUGCUCAAUGAAACAUAGAUUUGAACUUGCAUGAAUAAUUUGAUCAGAAUUCAAAACAAAGCUUUUUAAAGGUAAAAAAAUCAAAAGUUGAUACAUGAUUUACUUUUAUAGUUUGAGUUAUAUUAUAUGUAACUGGACAUUUGCUGUGGUUUGAAAAGCUGUCAUAUUCAUCAGCCAGCUGAACUUUACACAUAAAUAAACAAGCGUAAUACUAUUCACAUUGUCUUAAAUCCUGGUAGAUAUUAAAGAGAUAACCAUGUCUUGAUGGCAAAUCUUAGGAGGACACUAGUGAAGAUUGUCUGUUGACAUCAUUUCUCCCAUUGUCUUUGCUAAGUUGCCACUUGUCUCUUUACAUCAUGUCUUCCUCAAGUUGCUGCUUUCUUCUUUGGAAAUACAACCCAUUCUUUCACAUUUUGGUUCUUCUCCCAAUAUGUUCAUGUAAUCAACCACAACACAUGUAUAGACUGGGGUGUUACAAUAGAACUACAAACUCAUAUCUCUUGUCUCAGGUGUUUUAGAGAAGUCAGAGUGAAUGAUAUUUUCCAAUCCUUCCAUCUCCUCACAGUUUUGGUUAUCACAAUAUCUGGUCAGUACAAAUAAUACUUGUUCAACUCUUUGGAUUUGCCAGAUGAUACAUUAUUCCCUUCAGAAACCAAAGUAAAAUAUUUCAAACUAAAUGCAGUUAGGUCUCAAUUAUCACGAAGGUUACAUUCCUGGAGAUGUCACAUUAUUCAAACAUAAUUUUCCUAUAGAAAACAAUGGUAAUGGGCAGGGUUACAUUCCUGGUGACUGGGAAGUCUGCUCAUUUUGGGAUUUUGUAAACCAAAUCUUAAAAAAAAAAAAACACUAAUACAUCACUAGGUCAUGGAUACAGUAAAAACACACAUUCUCACCUGUGCAUCAUUCUGCAUUACUAGAUCCCGUAGAUUCAGGUAGCAUAAACACAGGAUCAAUGUUCAGUAGAAUUUGAGUACAGUGCAUCAAGAUGUAUCAUGAGAAACAGUUUAAAAUGAAACUUCUCCAGGGAAAUGUGGUAGGAUUGACCGCAUCCUACAUUAAAACAUUCAACGUUCACCAGUAACUUGACCCAUCCAAUUAGGACUGAGCAUUUAGGUGUCCCCUCUUAAUGAUUCUCCUCCCCAUCACCCUUCCACACUUAUUUUUCUCUAGUUGCUAUCACAACAAAACUUCUCUUCAUGUUCACAUGCCCUCCCUUGCCUCACUGUACCAAGAAAGCUGGCUUAAGAAAAAAAUAUUUCUGAGAAGAAAAGACCAAUAGAGGACUUCUAAUUGAAGGUUAAGAUAUUCUUAAGUCAUCUUACCUUAAGUACAGGUAGAUUUGAUCAAAUGAAUUUUAGUAACAUGUUAAGAAUAACUUUGGAUUGUAUUUUUACCCAGGAAAUUUCUGUUCAUGGCUUAUUGGGAAGUCAAACCACAGCACAAACUCAAGAGUCUUGAGCACAACAGUCAGCUUACACCAUAAGCUCAGGAACCUAAUGAGGUGUUGAUUUGUAUGGUGGGUGUAUGUGUAGUGUAUAUAUAUAUAUAUAUAUAUAUAUAUAUAUAUAUAUAUAUAUAUAUAUAUAUAUAUAUAUAUAUAUAUAUAUAUAUUAUAUGACAAGGCUUCUAUUUAUUGGAAAUUUUUAGUUUUCUAAUGUAAUUUGGUAUGUGCAUUAUUUUUUACAAUUACAUUUUUUUCAGCUUAGAUUAGUAUUUUUCAUUUGUAUGAAGUGACUCAUAGAACAAGCAGCAUUUUCUAGGUAUUUUAUUUGUUAGUCAAUACUGAAUGUGAAAAGUAUUGUAAUAUUUAGGGACCCUAAUAUAUAAGUAUGUAGAAGGAUAUCAGUGCUGAGUGUGAAUUGGUUCCUUGAAAAGACAAGUUAUAUUUAACGAGUUGAAAAAUAUUUGUCUAAAAUUGUUGUUGUACUUUGUGCAUUUGGAAGUAGGAAAAAAUGUGUGGAUAUUCUCCAUUGUUCCAAUUGAUUAGAAUCUUCUAUGGAUUGGCUAAAUCUUUGGGUGUAUAGAAUGUGUCAACCUACAUGAAUAUAGAGCAUGUUGCUGCAUAUCAAAUUACUGACUUACGGAUCCUCACAGCAUCAUGUUACUUCCUGGCUAAAACUCAUCAUUGAUCCUGAAGUAUGAAGAAAAUUAAACCUUGGUACAUA